AUGACAACCCUGUCGAUUUGCUUCUAGAAAAGUCGGCAUUUUUCGCAUUUUCAUCUGGCCCGACCCGGUUAGCAGCGUGUUUCAUUUAAUAAUUUAAUAAUUAUCAAGAAAAAAAGGACAAAUUAGCUACCAUCAUCCGCUCCACCAGCAGAAAUGGACAAGGUGAACGAACUCAAGGAAAAGGGCAACAAGGCGCUUAAUGCUGAGAAAUUCGACGAGGCUGUGUCGGCGUACACUGAGGCCAUCUCACUGGAUGGCCAGAACCAUGUGCUUUACAGCAACCGAUCGGCGGCUUUUGCAAAGGCUGGAAAGUUUCAGGAAGCUCUGGAGGAUGCGGAGAAGACCAUUGAGCUCAAUCCCACCUGGCCAAAGGGCUACUCCCGCAAAGGAGUUGCUGCCGCCGGUUUGCAUGACUACAUGAAGGCCUUUGCGGCAUACAACGAGGGUCUCAAAUACGAUCCCAAUAGUGCUAUACUCUUGCAGGGUCGUACGGACACUACUGCCUCGGCUCUAAACUAUAUGCAAUCGCACGGCGAUAUACCCAUGGACAUAGAUCCUCAGCAGACGCACAGCCGAAGGGCUCCUUCUCCACCGCCUGCAAAACCAGCUGAGCCCCAAAAACCGGCAGAACCUCGGGUUGAGGACAUGAACGAGGAGGAAAAGAAGAAGUACUUUGCCAAGAAGGAAAAGGAACUUGGCAAUGCCGCUUACAAAAAGAAGGACUUUGAAACAGCCUUGAAACACUACAACGCUGCCAUUGAACACGAUCCCACAGAUAUCACCUUUUACAACAAUAUAGCUGCCGUUCACUUCGAGCGUAAGGAGUACGAGGAGUGCAUUAAGCAGUGCGAAAAGGGUAUCGAGGUGGGGCGCGAAAGUCGCGCUGACUUCAAGCUGAUAGCCAAGUCAUUUGCUCGCAUCGGGAACACCUAUCGCAAGCAGGAAAACUAUAAGCAGGCGAAGGUGUUCUACGAGAAGGCCAUGUCUGAGCAUCGCACUCCGGAGAUCAAAACAUCGCUAAGUGAGGUGGAGGCCAAGAUAAAGGAGGAGGAGAGAAUGGCCUAUAUCAAUCCAGAGAAGGCCGAGGAGGAGAAAGAACAAGGCAACCACUUCUUUAAAAAGGGCGACUACAGCAAUGCCGUAAAACACUAUACCGAGGCUAUCAAACGCAACCCGGAUGAUCCCAAGCUGUAUAGCAACCGCGCCGCCUGCUACACUAAGCUGGCCGCCUUCGACUUGGGGCUCAAGGAUUGCGACACUUGCAUUAAGCUGGACGAGAAGUUUAUUAAGGGCUACAUUCGCAAGGGCAAAAUCUUGCAGGGCAUGCAGCAACAAUCUAAGGCCCAGGCCGCCUACCAAAAGGCCCUGGAACUGGACCCCAACAACGCGGAAGCCGUCGAGGGUUAUCGUCAAUGUUCGAUAAAUUUCCAGCGAAAUCCUCAGGAAGUUCUGAAGAAUGCCAUGUCGGACCCGGAAAUUCAGCAAAUUCUCAAGGACCCGGCCAUGCGCAUGAUCCUCGAGCAGAUGCAGAAUGAUCCCAAUGCGGUCAAAGAACAUUUGCAGAAUCCAGCAAUCGCCGAUAAGAUAAUGAAACUGCUGGAAUCAGGCAUCAUUCAGAUACACUAGGUACUCCACCCCCAAACGCGCACACUCAUACACCCACUAACCCACAUACCAACCAUAUUGAUACACAUUCAGGAGACGAACCCUCAAUAAUAUGAAUUAUACAAAAUGUAUGGCACCUCCAAGCUGGUUAAAUAAUGUAUCGUUUUUUUAUGAAACGGGCCACAAAUAAUGCUAAACGUAAUUACCUUAGAAAUCGCAACUCCUAAACGCAGAACGACGAUAACUACCACUAACUAAAAAAAACUAAAACUAAAAGGAGAAAAAAAAACAUUGAUAAAUGUCUGCCUAGUUGAUUUACGCAGACGGAUGGAGUAGGCUCCAAACGUCAAGGUCCUUAUUUUCUUACUACAAUAAAUAUGCUGUAGCUUAGCUCUAAAAUAAGUUUUUGAAUGUAAAAUAAAAAGAGUCAACGAAUGGUAA